AUGGUUGUGAUGAUGAAGAUGAUGUACUGGACGGUGGCUGGGGGAGGGGAGGAGGACUGUAGUGAGCGCCCGGGCGGCCUCACCUGUUGUGGGGCGGUUCCCUCCGGGCGCCGCCUGAUGACGUCGCGGCCCGACCGGCCAAUCAGGGCGCGGCAUCCCGCGCAGGCGCGCCGCUCUCCCGCCCUCCUCCCGCACCACGUCACAUCCGGUCCGCCAUCGUGGUCUUGCUUAAGCGUCCGCCCCGCCCACCCCUACGUCACAUCCGGCGCCUGGGGCUCCCGCCUGCGCGUCCCGUUCGCUUCCGCCCUCCCCGACGUCCCUUCCGCCCGGCGCGGGCCGCCCCCGCCUGACGUCGCUUCCGCCCGCCCCGACGCUCGCUUCCGCCCGGCCGUUCCGCCCUCCCCGACGUCACUUCCGCCCCGCGUGGGCCUCCCCCUCCCGACGUCACUUCCGCCCGCCCCGACGCUCGCCCCGCCCUCCCCGACGUCACGUCCGCCCGCCGCGGCCCGCGCCCCCCCUCCCGACGUCACUUCCGCCCGCCGCGCCUCCCGCUUCCGCCCGGCCGUCCCUCUCCCUCCGCGACGUCACUUCCGCCCGGAGGAGGGCGGGGCGGCCAUGGCGGCGGCGGCCCCGGCUGCCGCAGCGGCUGCAGCAACGGCUGCAGCGGCUGCCGCAGGCGCUGCAACGGCUGCAACGGGCGGCUGCGGGGGCUGCGGCCCGGCGUGCCGGCUGCCGGCGCGGGUGCUGGAGCUGGUGUUCUCCUACCUGGAGCUGCGGGAGCUGCGGAGCUGCGCGCUGGUGUGCAAGCAGUGGCACCGCUGCCUGCAGGGCGACGAGAACAGCGAGGUGUGGCGGAGCCUGUGCGCCCGCCGCCUGCCCGCCGACGCCCUCCACACCGACCUGCUCUGCAACCUGCCCAGCUACAAGGCCAAGGUGCGGGCCUUCCAGCACGCCUUCAGCACCAACGACUGCUCGCGCAACGUCUACAUCAAGAAGAACGGGUUCACGCUGCACCGGAACCCCAUCGCCCAGAGCACCGACGGGGCGAGGACCAAGAUCGGCUUCAGCGAGGGCCGCCACGCCUGGGAGGUGUGGUGGGAGGGCCCGCUGGGCACCGUGGCCGUCAUCGGCAUCGCCACCAAGAAGGCGCCCAUGCAGUGCCAGGGCUACGUGGCCUUGCUGGGCAGCGACGACCAGAGCUGGGGCUGGAACCUGGUGGACAAUAACCUGCUCCACAAUGGAGAAGUCAACGGCAGUUUCCCCCAGUGCAACAACGCGCCCAAGUACCAGAUCGGGGAGCGGAUCCGCGUCAUCCUGGACAUGGAAGACAAGACUUUAGCUUUCGAGCGAGGCUACGAGUUCCUGGGGGUGGCUUUCCGCGGCCUGCCCAAGGCCUGCCUUUACCCGGCCGUGUCGGCGGUCUACGGCAACACGGAGGUGACUCUGGUCUACCUAGGGAAGCCUUUGGACGGAUGACGGCGGCCCCCCCCGACGUGGACAGCCGCCCGUCUCUCCCCGCCCUUCCCUCUCCCCUCCUUCCAGCUCGGCGCGGCCCGCGGAGGAGGACAACGAGAGCCUUUCCCGCUUCCCGGGAGUCAUUUUCCCGGUCGGGCCCGGGCUGCGCCUCUCUCGGACGGCGGGAGAGAGAGACGGGAGCGCGGCGCCCUUGGAGGCCUUCUUACAAGUUGUACAGACGCGGUCCGUGUAAAGAAACUGUUCCGGGAGAAUCCCGAAACCCAACCGACGAGAGAGGAGGACGGGAGGGGUCGCCUCCGUUCCCGUCGAAUUCCGUACGGGAAAGCCACUACGCGGUACACGGCGGGGCGGGGGGAGAGCUGCUGGGUUCUUGAAAAGCCAUCUCGGGAAGUUUGACAGAGAGAGAGAGAGGUGCUAUAUUGGAUCGUUUUGGAUCGGCUGAAGGUUUCCGUAGCUAGCAGUCUGGUUUUCCCUCCAAAACGAUCGCGGGGAGGUCAGCCUGAAACUCGAAGCCAUCUCGGGAAGUUUUACAGGGAGAGAGAGAGGUGAUAUAGUGGAUCGUUUUGGAUCGGCUGAAGGUUUCCAUAGCUAGCAGCCUGGUUUUCCCUCCAAAACGAUCGUGGGGAGGGCAGCCUGAAACUCGAAGCCAUCUCGGGAAGUUUUACAGGGAGAGAGAGAGGUGCUAUAGUGGAUCGUUUUGGAUCAGCUGAAGGAUUCCGUAGCUAGCAGCCUGGUUUUCUCGCCAAAACGAUCGUGGGGAGGUCAGCCUGAAACGCGAAGCCAUCUCGGGAAGUUUUACAGGGAGAGAGAGAGGUGCUAUAGUGGAUCGUUUUGGAUCGGCUGAAGGUUUCCGUAGCUAGCAGUCUGGUUGGCUUUUUUGCCAAAACGAUCAUGGGGAGGUCAGCCUGAAACUCGAAGCCAUCUCGGGAAUUCUUACAGGGAGAGAGAGAGGUGCUAUUUUGGAUCUUUUUGGAUCGGCUGAAGGUUUCCGUAGCUAGCAGUCUGGUUGGCUUUCUCUCCAAAACGAUCGUGGGGAGGUCAGCCUGAAACUCGAAGCCAUCUCGGGAAGUUUUACAGGGAGAGAGAGAGGUGCUAUAGUGGAUCGUUUUGGAUCGGCUGAAGGUUUCCGUAGCUAGCAGUCUGAUUUUCUCGCCAAAACGAUCGUGGGGGGGUCAGCCUGAAACUCGAAGCCGUCUCGGGAAGUGUUUUAGGGAGAGAGAGAGGUGCUGUAUUGGAUCGUUUUGGAUCGACUGAAGGUUUCCGUAGCUAGCAGUCUGGUUGGCUUUCUCUCCAAAACGAUCGUGGGGAGGUCAGCCUGAAACUCGAAGCCAUCUCGGGAAGUUUUACAGGGAGAGAGAGAGGUGCUAUAGUGGAUCGUUUUGGAUCAGCUGAAGGAUUCCGUAGCUAGCAGCCUGGUUUUCUCGCCAAAACGAUCGUGGGGAGGUCAGCCUGAAACGCGAAGCCAUCUCGGGAAGUUUUACAGGGAGAGAGAGAGGUGCUAUAGUGGAUCGUUUUGGAUCGGCUGAAGGUUUCCGUAGCUAGCAGUCUGGUUGGCUUUUUUGCCAAAACGAUCAUGGGGAGGUCAGCCUGAAACUCGAAGCCAUCUCGGGAAUUCUUACAGGGAGAGAGAGAGGUGCUAUUUUGGAUCUUUUUGGAUCGGCUGAAGGUUUCCGUAGCUAGCAGUCUGGUUGGCUUUCUCUCCAAAACGAUCGUGGGGAGGUCAGCCUGAAACUCGAAGCCAUCUCGGGAAGUUUUACAGGGAGAGAGAGAGGUGCUAUAGUGGAUCGUUUUGGAUCGGCUGAAGGUUUCCGUAGCUAGCAGUCUGAUUUUCUCGCCAAAACGAUCGUGGGGGGGUCAGCCUGAAACUCGAAGCCGUCUCGGGAAGUGUUUUAGGGAGAGAGAGAGGUGCUGUAUUGGAUCGUUUUGGAUCGACUGAAGGUUUCCGUAGCUAGCAGUCUGGUUGGCUUUCUCUCCAAAACGAUCGUGGGGAGGUCAGCCUGAAACUCGAAGCCAUCUCGGGAAGUUUUACAGGGAGAGAGAGAGGUGCUAUAUUGGAUCGUUUUGGAUCGACUGAAGGUUUCCGUAGCUAGCAGUCUGGUUGGUUUUCUCGCCAAAACGAUUGUGGGGAGGUCAGCCUGAAACUCGAAGCCAUCUCGGGAAGUUUUACAGGGAGAGAGAGAGGUGCUAUAGUGGAUCGUUUUGGAUCGGCUGAAGGUUUCCGUAGCUAGCAGUCUGGUUGGCUUUCUCUCCAAAACGAUCGUGGGGAGGUCAGCCUGAAACUCGUCACUGCAGAUUCCCUUCCCUCGAGGGAGCGAGGAAAGGCAAGCUAUUUUCUGUCACGGAAUGAGUAUUUUUAGAUAACCGCUACUCGACACUACCGACGCACGUUGAUGUAAUGUCCAGCCCUACCUCUUCGCCUCCUGAGAUAAAAAACAAACAAACACGAAAACGUCACCUCGUAGCACAGAAAAACGCUGUUCGCUCUUACGGGUCUUAAACCCGGACGCCGGCAUCGCAGGCCGGAUCCUGGUAACGGAUGGCCGGAUCGGUCCUUCGGUAGAUGGGCGCAUCCACCGGUCAGUCGUGCUUGUCGCGUGCUGCCCAGCUGCGCGCGGGACACUGAACUGAGCGCCCGGGAGAGGGUAAUCCGGCAGAGCUGGGCCCCGUCCACGAGGCUCUUAAGGCCCAGACUUCCCUCAUCCCACUAGCGGUCCACCCUGUCCAGGGAAUCAGCCCUGGACUGUAAGCUGGAUACGGGCAGGGAGCGUAUCGGCUCGUUCCGCCCUCGCCGUUCUGUCCCCGGGGCUCAGGCCGGUGCUGUCCGCACGCGGUAAGCGCUGCCCAAAUGCCGUGGAUUGUUUGACCGAUCGGUCGACCCCGGCGGGGUUUCCCUGUUAAUGGAAUAACGAGGCCUGGUGACGGGCCUUGCAGCCCUCGUCACGAAGGGUCCUUCCCCCUGACGCUAACCGACCUCUCUCAGGACGGGAAAGGCGGUCUCGUGUCCCUCUGAGGCCGGGGGCUUUCCUACAGAGCCAGAGGGUCCGUCCCGCGGCCUAGUGGCUCGAGCCUGGGCGUCAGAGGGACCUGGGUUCUAAUCCCGGCUCCGCCACGCGACCUCGGGCGAGUCCCUUCGCUUCUCUGGGCCUCGGCUUCCUCAUCCGGAAAACGGGGAUACAGACCGUCAACCCCACGGGGGGCAGACACCGGGUCCGACCCGAUUUGCCCGUAUGCGCCCCGGCGCUCCGUACAGUGCCUGGCCCCAAAUAAGUGCUCGACAGGUGCCACAGUUAUUAGUGUGAUCAGUACUGUUGUUAGCCCCAGCCUAAGAUUCGGGAGGGUACGGAGAGCUGGUGGAACUUCAAGAUGAGGAUAACAGGACGAUCAGUAGUUAAAGCCAAAGCACGACGGUAAACGCCGAGGCAAAUACGGGACAAAAUCAGAUCAGAGGCAAGUCCCCAGAGGGGGACGGGGAAACCGGCGUGAAUUCUCCAUUUUUCGCAGAUGAGGAAACCGAGGCCCAGCGUCGUCAAGGGACUCGCCCGAAGUCACCCAGCGGGCGGGGGCAGAGCUGGGAUUAGAAGCUUUGCCGCCCAGCGCCCGCGUCCCCUUUCUCCGGGCCCCGCUGCUUCGCGGCUCACAAAUUACGCAGGAGGGAAGCACCGUUUUUCUGUGCAAAGAAGUGUAACGCGUGCGAUCGCACACGGGACUUGCGAUCAAGCUCUCUUGAAGUAGAAACUUUGUUUAUGUGGGAGCGUGCGUGUUGCGUGUGGGCGCGUGCUCACGCGUGUAUGUAUGUGUAUCUGUGCGCGUGUGGGUUGGGUCCUAAUAAAGCCAGGAAAAAUGGUAUAUCAGGCAGCGGGCGGGAAUGAUUGGGUGUGAAAUCUGAACUAAUGCUCCGAAGAGGAGGAGGCCAUAGAACAAAAGCUUAGCACUCCGCUGCCGCGCGAAGGGUAUUGACGUAUUUAUUUGUUGAACAUUGGGUCUGUUACUUGAAAGGAAUAUCUGUCGGGGGUCCUUUCUUCCCUCCUCGCGAAGGUCACGAAAGAAAGAAAAACGACUCUUGGUAUGGCAACCGUCCGGAUAAAGGGGGUUUGCCCGGUGCGGGUCUCACGCCGGUGCGGCCGCUCCAGAAAAGUGGAUUUUUUCGGGCCCGUAAACCAACAACGACGACGGCAGAGCAGGAUUCCGCGGUGGGGUCCAAGGAGGUUUCCGGCCCCGGCGCGAAACAGCAGAUUUUCCUUAGCACUCGCCACUUGCACAUUUAAGUCCAGUGAAUCGGUCGAUCCCGAGAACCUUCCCCCUGGAAGUUUUGCGGAGAAGUCGGAUUUUUCGAUUACGGUUUUUUGAUAACCUUUCUUAACCCCAAAGUUUCGGAGGAGUCGGAGACAAAGUUGCUGCACAGCGAACUUACAAUCAGGCAUCGGCUUAACGUUAUGAAAAGUGAUCUCUAGCCCUGUUUCCCCUCCCCCCCCACAAAAAAAAAACCUUUAAAAGCAGUGAUCGUUUGACCAUUGCCGACUUUUUGAUAUUUUCAGUGUCCCAAUUUUGCGAUUCCUUUAGAGCGGAUUUUGGGGUGGGGAGGGAGCGGGUGGCCGGGGAGUGAAGAAUCUUCACUUCGAACGUGUUCUAACUUAUUACAGGAGACCAAUACUAGCUGUACAAAAUAUUAAAAUAAACGGUUACGACGUUCAUG